GGCUUGUUUGUACGUACUCCAAGGCUCCUUCCGUUGACCGACUGAUAUCCAUAUCCACUUGUUCUAUAAUUGAUCUCUCUCGACGCACCGGUACCAUUGAUCCUGUUUACAUGUCAUGUACUCGUACAUAAUACACACAUCGUACAUAUUCCACUCCCACCCAAUUUUCAAUCUGGAGUUGGUUGGUUAAUAAUUAAAUAAAUUCCCAUUCGUCUCCAUCCUUGAUCCUUUUAUGUCACUUGGUCUUCGUCCUCGUUUGAAAGCUCGGCCCUCAUUCUUAGAUCUCAUCAAAAUCCAACAUAUUGAUACCUUGUCAAUAGCUCCAGUCGAGCUUAAUCAAGAGCCAUUACCACAACUUCCUCUAUCACCCCCUCCAACAACAAUCCAAUUCGUAGUUCCUAAUACAAGCAAAGAAAUCGCCAACAUGGCUCCUCAACGAGAUGCAGAUGGAGAGGAACAAUUUGGUUCAAUUUACUCCGUCUCAGGUCCGGUCGUAGUGGCAGAGAAUAUGAUCGGAGUUGCCAUGUACGAGUUGGUUAGAGUCGGUCACGAUAAUCUCGUCGGUGAAGUUAUUCGAAUCGAAGCGGAUAGAGCGACUAUUCAAGUAUACGAGGAAACAGCUGGUGUCACUGUUGGAGAUCCCGUUGUGCGUACUGGAAAGCCUUUGUCCGUCGAGUUGGGCCCAGGUCUUAUGGAAACAAUUUACGACGGUAUUCAAAGACCUCUCAAAGCUAUCGCAGACAGCUCCAAUAGUAUCUACAUUCCCCGUGGUAUUUCCGCUCCAGCUUUAAACAGAGAAAAGGACUGGGACUUUAAGCCGAUUAUGAAGGUUGGAGAUCACAUUACUGGAGGCGACAUUUGGGGUACCGUCUACGAGAACUCCCUCCUGGAUGAUCACAAGAUUCUUUUCCCACCCAGAGCCAGGGGUACAAUUACUCGCAUUGCUGAAAAGGGAAGCUACAAGGUCGACCAAAAGAUCCUCGAGGUUGAAUUUGAUGGCAAGAAGACCGAAUAUAGCAUGAUGCACACAUGGCCUGUACGUGUACCACGACCAACUACCGAGAAAUUGGCAGCAGAUAAGCCAUUUAUCGUUGGACAACGUGUCUUGGAUGCCCUUUUCCCUAGUGUUCAAGGAGGAACUGUUGCCAUUCCAGGUGCUUUCGGUUGUGGUAAGACUGUUAUUAGUCAAUCGGUUUCUAAGUUCUCGAACAGUGAUAUCAUUGUAUAUGUUGGAUGUGGAGAGCGUGGAAAUGAGAUGGCUGAAGUCUUGAUGGAUUUCCCAGAACUUUCCAUUGAAAUUGAUGGACGCAAAGAACCUAUCAUGAAGCGUACAACACUUAUUGCUAACACCUCUAACAUGCCUGUCGCAGCUCGUGAGGCUUCUAUUUACACUGGCAAGUCCCCCCAAAGAUGUUCUUUCCCUCUUUCCAACACUACACCUGCACCUACACCAGCACCUUCCCUUGAUCAGUCGGUAAGUCGCGAAUACUUUCGCGAUAUGGGAAAGGAUGUUGCCAUGAUGGCAGAUUCUACAUCUCGUUGGGCUGAGGCUCUUCGUGAAAUUUCUGGUCGUUUGGGAGAGAUGCCUGCUGAUCAAGGUUUCCCCGCUUAUCUUGGAGCUAAACUUGCUAGUUUCUACGAACGUGCUGGUAAAGUUCAAGCUCUUGGUGGACCUGAUCGUGAAGGUAGUGUUAGUAUUGUCGGUGCCGUCAGUCCCCCUGGUGGUGAUUUCUCCGAUCCUGUGACAAGUAGUACUUUGGGUAUUGUGCAAGUUUUCUGGGGUCUCGACAAGAAACUUGCUCAACGUAAACAUUUCCCUUCUAUCAAUACUGCAGUCAGUUACAGUAAAUAUACUACUGUUCUCGACAAAUACUACGAGAAGGAUUUUCCCGAAUUUCCCAGACUUCGAGACCGUAUCAAGCAACUUUUAACUGAUUCUGAAGAAUUGGAUCAAGUCGUUCAACUGGUUGGAAAGUCAGCAUUAUCUGACCCUGACAAGAUUACCCUGGAUGUAGCUGCAUUGAUCAAGGAAGAUUUCUUGCAACAAAAUGGUUACAGUGACUAUGAUCAAUUCUGUCCUAUCUGGAAGACUGAAUGGAUGAUGAAGGCAAUGAUGGGAUUCCACGAUGAGGCUCAAAAAGCAGUCGCACAAGGUCAAAGUUGGGCUAAAGUACGUGAAGCUACCGGAGAGCUUCAAUCCCAAUUGAGAAAUAUGAAAUUCGAGGUUCCAAGUGAAGGCGAGGAGAAGAUCACAAAGAAGUACGAGGAUCUUGUUCAGGCUAUGACUGAUAAAUUCGCUUCGGUUACCGAUGAGUAAAAGAGAGCAUAAUAGGCGAUUGUUUUGGGGGAAGCGGUAUGGUGGUUUGCAUUUCUUGCUUUAACUUGUAUCAAAGUUUUGUUGGGUGAUAGAUAUGAGAUUGUAUGCAUAUAACGAGCGAAUGGACUUCAUAAAAAUGAAUUUUCUUCAACAGUCUUGUUGAUGUGUAUAUGUAUAGUUUGACUACUAGUUCAUUAUACAAAUGACAGGCGUGAAUGUCUU